GAAUUUAUUCAGACAGGCUCCUCGCAAGCUCUCUCUCUCCGGCUCACUCUCCCGCUGCUGUUGUACAGAUAUUCACCGGCAAGGGUUCUGUUUAGCAGAUCGUUGGUAUUACUCAUGCCGAUCACACAAGAACGAAAGGGGUUCCUCUUAACUUGAGGUCGAGUGUUGGGAUAAAUGUGAUGUGUUGAUCAUAUUUUUUUUUUGCGGAGAAAGCCUUGUUGAUAUCUGUGUGGAGGUUUCGAUGAACAGGGUUGAUAUUGCGGAUGCACUAUUCAAUUUAUUCACUUGGAGUGCUCGACUGGAUUUAUAAUGGAUUUGUCCGUGUGCUCAGGUGGUCAUGUGAUCGAGGGAUGCUGAUCGCUGAGUGUCGACAUCGGAAUGAACGUUGCCCGCUUGGUCGAAUCAAUAUCGCUCCGAGGCGGACUUGCACGAGGCACACCAGUGCGAACCAUUCACCAGAACUCAGGAUCGUUUGUUGAUCUUUCCCCAGGGUGCUCAUAAUACCCAUCCCUCUGAAUGCGGUUUUAGGAGACACACCAUUACUUGCUUAAUACGGGUUCUCCCUCAGUAAUGCAAUUGCGGGACCGGUGCAAAGUAUCUGUGCAAUAUUGGAUCAUACAUUAGGAAUAUUCUCAAGUGCUCAUGCCGUAUGUGCUAGAAUUGAGUUCUGGAUACUGUAACCUCAUUGGUUGAUCAAAUACAACCAUGUCUCAGAGAGUGGAGAACAAUAACCGGGGGAUUCAGCGUAAGGCCGCUUCUGAGAAGCGAGAGAGGGACGUCACGGUGAGGGUAGUCAAACAGACAUCGUCUGUCCGGAUAAGCAAUUCCUCCGGUAAUGCGGAAGCGACGAUGCGUAUGCUUUUGGCCUCGUCGUCCAGCCCCCGAUCGAGUUUGCGUAGGAGUGAGCCCUCGCUUGCUCAAUCACCCACAUCCCCUACGUCUUCUGUGAAGACCAGCCCCACUUCUUCCGCUACGACUAGCCCCACUAGUCAGUCUCCUAGAGUCAGUAGCAAAGACAGGGCCUCUAAAACAGAAUCUUACUCUAGUCGCAACUCCAAAUCGGAGUCGAACAUAUCUGCCAAAUCUAGUCAGUUUGGAAGUUUAAGGAGCUCCACCUCGAGUAGAAUGUCCACUGGACCCACCGCACGUAGGAUUAGCGCUAAAAAGGCACAAUCACCAGAGAAAGCAGAGCCAGAUUCACCACCAACCCCACCAACCCCACCAACCACAGACUCAAGGAAGAUUGAUCUUUUAACGGAAAAGCUGGAGAUCAUCGAGCCCGUUGCUUACGAGAACUACCUGACCCAGAAGCGCUCGCAACUCAGCAAUGACCCUCUCCGGCUCAUGCUACUGUUUCCUGUCGACGACGUAUCGGCGUCGACGAUCCCUCGGACGUUACGUACCACCUGCUCGACAGUGCCAGACAGCGCACUGAGGGAAGCUACUGCCAACUUUGUCAAAGAGUGUAUAAACAGCUAUACAUCAGAAUGGAGAGUCAUCAACAACAAAUAUGCUGCCUAUGCCGGGAGUUAUCAAGAUUUACCAAACUACCGUAUGCCAGACAGACUACCCUCACAGCAAUAUGAAGUUGACGAGACAGACGAGAAUAAACAAGACGAUUCCCUCCUAUCUCCGUCGGGGAGUAUAUGCAAGCAAGGCUUCCUUCACAAAACACCUUUUGGGAGCAAAGGAGAUAUACAAUUUAUGAGGUCUUACAAGAGAAGGUUUUUCUACUUGAAGCAGUUGGCAGAUAGGUCCUUUUUGCUGGAAUACCACAAGGAUGAAAGGAGCACAGAAGCAAAAGGCAAUAUGUACCUUGAUUCUCUUUUGGAAGUUACAAAGACGUCAAAAGGGCGGAAGUAUGGCAUGGAACUUAGGAUGGACAAGAACGUGGUGUACAACAUCGCUGCGGAGAGUGAAGCCGAGAUGGAAGAGUGGUAUAGCGCCCUCUAUAAGGUGAUUGAACAACAGAAAGCCGACUCAAACAGCGAUAAGCAGAGUGUGUCUUCCAUUGAUGAUUUAGAUCAAGAAUAUGCUGAUGAACUAUCACCGUCGGGCAAGCCAGAGUCUUUUAUGCAGAGUCUGGAAAACAGUAAGCACCCGGAACUUCAAAAGUAUGCGAGAGAGACGGAAAGAAUGAAUGCUCAGAAGAGACGGGAGAACAGACAGAAAUUGUUCCAACUCUACCCUCGUAUGCAGCAUGGUGAAAAAGCCACAGGGGAGCCGGAGUGUAAACCGUACGAAGAAGAGUUUGGGAAACGUAUAGUUGUGGAGGUGUCUGAACUGCUCUUCAGGUUAUCAUCAGCUCUCAAUUCCAGCAAUGAACCAAUGGAAUCUAGUGGAAGGAAUGACAGACUAUUCAAUCCUGAACCAUUCUUCAUGACAUUGGCACUCUACGAUGCACGGAAUCAGCGAAAGAUAUCCGAGGACCUCCACGUCGACAUCAACCCACCCCAAAUCCGACAGAUGCUGGACCGAUUCAACGAUGCGGCCAACGGCUCUUCGGGAGACGGUCCAAAGUCCCCGAGAACCAUUCCUGAUGUCAGUGAACUGGAUAAGAAUUGGAUCAGAAGUCCAAAGAAGGGUAUCUUCACCAUCAGGCAAGCUCACUCAGAGAUCUACCUUGUGGCCAGGAUAGAGAAGGUCCUUCAGGGAAGCAUCGCCAACUGUGCCGAUCCUUACACCAAGCCAGGGGAUGUCGUCAAGACGUGCCAGAAGGUCAUGAAGCAAGCCAAGGUCUUCUGCAGCAGGAUGGGGCAGUACCGAAUGCCUUUCGCAUGGGCAGCAAGGAAAGUGUUCAAAUCGGAUUACGGCGACCUGGACAUGAAGGGUGAGUUCCCGUCCAUCUACCGACAGGAGAGCUCCAAGCUAUCCGAUGAGGACCUACUGAAACACCUCCAUGAUAUCAGGAGGAACCCGGAGAAACUGACCAAGCUGACGGAACUACCCGGAACAAUUAAGGUUUUCAUAGAGCCGCUCACAAGGAUGAUUAGCAAUUGCCUCACACCAUCGCUAAUACCCAUAAUGCCCUGGCCGUCCGACCUGGCCGACCAGCCGACGUUUGAAGUGGAGGAAUUCUUACCAGAGGACGGCAAGGUUGCCUACCCGUUCAGUAACUACGUCAACAACCUCUACAUCUACCCCAUACAACUUAAAUAUGAUGCACAGAAGACAUUCGCAAAGGCCAGGAACAUAGCCAUGCACAUAGAGUUCCGGGAUUCCGACGAUGAAGGGGCCCAACCGCUACGUUGCUUCUAUGGUCGACCUGGAGGAAGCCUCUUCACAUCGGCUGGCAGUGUGGCUGUCCUGCACCACCAACAGGUCCCAGAGUUUUAUGAAGAGGUUAAGCUUGCCUUGCCGACUCAACUGAACAACAAGCACCACCUUCUCUUCCGUUUCUACCACGUUAGCUGUGAGACGGGCAAGGGUACUGUCAAGAAGAAGGAGACCGUUGAUUCCUUCGUUGGCUAUUCAUGGAUCCCGCUCUUAGAUAAGUCUCAGAAGCUGAACAAUGGGGAAAUCACCGUUCCGGUGGCUGCUUCAAUGCCUAAUGGUUACUUAUCAUCCGGAAAGGGCGGUCAAGGCAGGACCCCUGAGGUGAAGUGGGUUGAUGGAGGGAAACCUCUGCUUAAAGUCGAUCUCAAACCAGUCACAACUAUCUACUCAACAGAUCCACAUUUACACAACUUCUUCCAGCAGUGUGAGGGUUGGGAUGGAUCACAAAAGAGCUGCUUAGAGAUCAUUACUUGUGUAAAGGCUAUGCAUGCUGUUGACCCAAAGACAUUUAUCAACUUCCUUCCAGUAAUCAUGAACAAACUCUUCCGUCUCCUACCAGUCAGCUUAGUCGAUGAAGUCCAGCUCAAUAUAGUCAGACUCAUCAUCUUCAUUGUAGCCCAAGUGCAAGACGUGAAGAGAGAGGAUGUUCUGCGUUCUUACGUGAAGUACGUGUAUGAGACGGCGAAAGAGAACGAGAUGAGUCGGACAGUCCAUGAAGAGCUGGUCAAGAACCUGGCUGCAUCGUUACGUCCAAGCACUGACCACAUGGUCAUCAAGAUGCUCAUGAAGCAUCUUUGGUUCUUCUUUGCAAUCCUCAUCAAGAGCAUGGCUCAACAUCUUAUUCUGUCCAACAAACUUCAAGCUCCCAGGCAUCAACGGUUCUCCACCAACUUUGAGACUGGUAUCCGCAACCUUGUCCAGGUUCUGAUGCCACACAUUCGUCAGAAGCACAAAGAAUAUCCACAGGAAGCCAAGGACGCCAACUACAACCUGGCAUUCUUUAUCAAGAACUGCUUCACUUACAUGGACAGAGGUUUUGUGUUCAGACUGAUCAAUACUUAUCUCCAGUUCUUUGAUCCUGAGGACCCAAAGCCUCUGUUUGAGAUGAAGUUUGAGUUACUGAGAGUCGUCUGCAGCCAUGAGCAUUAUAUCGCCCUGAACUUGCCACUCACAAAGAAAGGUCAACAAGCGAAGCAGUUCAAAGUGGCUGGCUCAGCUGUACAGAGUGUAGGAGGAAGAGCAAAAGCUAAUCAGAAACCGGCUCCGAAACCCAAAGCAUAUGGAGGCAACUUCAGGAAGUAUGUCCCGUUCCGCCAAGGGAAAGACCAAUACAAAGACUUGAAGUAUGACUACUCGCUGACGGAGGAUUAUUGCCAGAACCACUUCCUCGCUGGGCUGUUGCUAAGGGAAGUGGGCGUGGCCCUUCACGAUGUCACGGAGGUACGCCAGCAUGGUAUCCGAGUUCUACGCAACCUCCUGGCCAAGCACAGUGCGGAUGACAGAUAUCAUUCAAAGCAACACCAAGCUCGCAUUGCCACCCUCUAUCUGCCCCUCAUCGCCAUCAUCCUUGAGAACGUCCACCGACUCGCCAAAGACCUCCCUCAGACCAUUGGCCCUGCCACCAACCUCAACGGAGGCCAGAACGAGAAUGUCUUUGACCUUUCCAGCCUGUCUCAGGUCUCGACGGACAGUUCACAGAGUCACCAAGGCCACGAGCGAAGCAACAGCGUGUCCUCGAGUAGCAAGUCUCGCUCUCUGCAGAGAGAUUCCAACGUCCUUGAUAUCAUAGCCGGAAGAGCCAACAUGCCGGCUAGUCUUCCCCAUUCCUCUCAUUUCGUGCGAAACAUUGGAGUGCGUCAUUCCAUUUCCGCCCCAUCCAUGCCCGAAGCCCAGCAAAGGCGAAUGAGCGCGUCAGCCGAGCCAUCUGAGAACAGCAAUAAAUACACAAGGGCGCUAUCUAACUCGUCGACCACGCCCAGAAAUCGUAAUAGGCUAUCCUGGAGCAGUAGUUACGGAGGUGAAGCUACCGUCGAUAUGCAGUUUUUACGGGGCCUGCAGAGUAUAGCGACGCCACCCACGGCUGCAGGGGCGUUUUCGUCAUCGUCUUCCGGAUCGAACAAAUCUAGUAACCGUUUGUCCUGGAACUUUCCAGGGAAUCAAAUUAAAUCUGACCACGCUUUCUGGCGGUCGCAUAGCCCGACUCGGCCCAGCGAGAAACCUCUUGCUUCGCUGUCCAAUUCUAAAAACGCUUCGCCGUACAACAGUACGGGCUUCUUAGCGAUUCCAGGCGGCACGCCCUCGAUCUCAACACCCCGCCCACUCACCGACAAAGACCGGACUGGGUCCAGCAGCUCGCUCAGUAGCAACGCGAGCACGUCACCGGGCCAAAUCCACGUCAACGGAAACGCCACGCAUACCUCUCUCAGCGACACCACCAGCGUUGAUGGACAUGGGUCUGUCUCGCGCUCCCACUCGCGGACCAAAUCCUCAGCGAUCAUGUAUGAUAAGUUAUUAGACCACGAGAUAAAGGACUUGCUCAUCUCGUUUCUCUACAUCAUUAAGAAUGUCAAUGAAGAAGUACUUCUCGGCUGGUGGAGUCAAAGUUCUGAGGACGAUCAACUUAAAUUAUUUGAUGUACUAGAGCUCUGUCUUCAACAUUUCCGCUACGUAGGCAAAAAGAUCAUCAUGCAAAGCAAACUUCGUGAAAAAUCAUCGACCAGUGAGCGAAGCCGAACCCUGCCUGUCGCCAUCAAGAGACUGCCCCAGACCAGGUCACUGGUCGAAGUUGGAGAUCUACCUCUGGUUGCUGCAUUGACAGAAUCUGAUGCUGGUCAGAGAAUCAAUCAAGAAGCUAAUCUAGCUGUUGAGUGCGGUAUGAUCAUCUUGGAUGUUUUGGGACUCUACUGUACGAACUUCAAGACUGCAAUGGACAGUAGUGAUGGUAACAAUCCGUUAAUGAGGAAAGUGAUUGAUAUAUUCAUCAGUUUCCUACAUACGGGACAGUCCGAGUCAACGCUCAAGAAUGUGUUUAGUUCUCUACGGCUCUUCCUCAACAGGUUCCCUGUGCCUCUGUUCAAAGGAACAGCGAACCUGUGUGGAGACCUUUGCCUUGCACUUCUGAAGAACCUGAAUUCCAAACUGGUCUCGACGAGGAACGAGGCUUGUGCUCUUCUGUACCUUCUAAUGAGAAGUAAUUUUGAGUUUACUCAGAGGAAGGACUUUGUCAGAGUACAUUUACAGGUCAUCAUUUCUGUUGCCCAGUUAAUAGGAGAGGCAAAUAGCUCCCACUUUCAAGAGUCCUUAGCAACCAUCAACAACUAUGCCAACAGUGACAAGGGAAUGCAGCAUACUGCCUUCCCAUCUCAAGUCAAGGACCUCACCAAGAAGAUCCGCACGGUUCUCAUGGCAACGGCCCAGAUGAAGGAGCACGAGAAGGACCCAGAGAUGCUGGUAGAUCUCCAGUACAAGCUUGCCAAGUCGUACGCCAGCACCCCAGAGCUCAGGCGGACGUGGCUGGACAGUAUGGCUCGGAUACACAUAGACAACGGCAAUUAUUCUGAGGCUGCCCACUGUUACAUCCACAUAGCAGCGUUGAUUGCAGAGUACCUGAAGCGGAAGGGGACCUAUCCUCAAGGUGUCCAGGCCUUCAGGAACAUCUCACCAAAUAUUGAAGGAGAGGAGAAGGGCAUCAAGAGCGAUACAGGAAUGCAAGAUGUCCAGUACACAGAGGACAAUCUACUAUCUGAGCUGGAGCUAUGUGCCGAAGGCCUGCAGAAGGCAGAAAGAUACGAGUCGAUGGGGGAGGUCUACAAACUCAUCACUCCAUUUUAUGAGAAGAAGAGAGAUUUCCAGAAACUCGCCCUUGCUUACGGCAAGCUCAGCAAAGCCUACGAGAAGGUCAUGAAAUUACAAGGAACCGGCAAGCUGUUGCUAGGCAACUACUUCAGGGUUGCAUUCUUUGGUCAGUACUUUGAGGAGGAUGAUGGGAAGGAAUACAUUUACAAGGAGCCGAAGGUCACGACCUUAGCGUCGAUUUGCGAGAGGUUACAAGCCCUCUUCUCCGAGAAGUUUGGUUCAGAGAAUGUGCAGCUAAUCCGGGAUUCGAGUAAGGUAAAUAUUGACACAUUGAAACCUAACAUCGCCUACAUCCAAGUCACCUUCGUGAAGCCCUACUUUGAUGAGAGGGAGCUCGCGGAAAGAAGGACCAUCUUUGAGCGGUCUAACAACAUCAGACGCUUUGUCUUUGAGACGCCUUACACCAAGAAGGGCACUGCUAGGUCAGGAGCCGUCGAGGAACAGUUUAAGAGAAAGACUAUCCUUACAACAUCACACACAUUCCCAUACAUCACCAAGCGGAUCCAGGUAUGCUACCAGCAGUCGCAGGAUCUCAACCCGCUCCAGGUGGCCAUAGAGGAGCUCCAGGGCAAGGUCAAGGAGAUGAACGAGGUCCUGGACAUGGACAAUGUGGAUAUGAAGCGGCUCCAGCUGUUACUACAGGGUAGUGUAAGCGUACAGGUGAAUGCAGGACCAAUGGCAUAUGCUGCGGCAUUCUUAGGAAAGGGCAGAGAGGAGAAAUGGAACAGCCAACAAAUCAGUGACCUCAAAAAAGUCUUCAGGGAUUUUGUGACAGCAUGUCACAAUUCGCUGUUCAUCAACUCUCAGCUGAUCAAGUCUGAUCAGUUUGAGUAUCAUGAAGACCUUGAACAGAAGUUUCAUUCCAUGGUCCACACCAUAUCAUCUUUGACAGGGGAGAAGUUAACUGAUGAUGAACACACCCUAGAGAGACGAUCAUCAUCCACCAUCUUCAGUGCCAUCAGCGGAACACCUUGACCCCGGGAUCUCAUGACCUUUGAACCCUUAAGAUGACCUCCCCCAGGAUCCCAUGACCUUUGAACCCAUAAGAUGACCUCUGGAACUGGGUGACCUACAAUCCCAAAGCAGUCGACCGAUCACUGGACUGGCUCCGUGUGAACGAGUGUUGGAAACAUGGUUUGGGGAGCAUUUCAUGUAACAAAAUAGCCUGCGAUUGUCACUGGCUUUCAUUAUAAGCUACUGAAAUCCUUGCAUAUGAUUGGCUGAGAGCAAGGUAGUAGGUGGAAAUCAAAUGAAAGGCUCCUCCCAUCAAAAUGCCUACAUGACUACUGCAAGAAAACAUUCAAGCGCUCUGUGAGUUCAAACAGGAUUAGCAUUCUUGUUGUUCGGCAUUGGUAAUAUAAGUAUGGGUCUUUAUACAAGACUGUAUCCAUUAAAGCCAGCUUGAUUUGAACUAAUUUGUGUUUUUUCUCUAUUUAUUUUCUACCUACUUGUAUCUAAGAUACCUUACAACAUUGUGUGUGAACAAGCUCGAAAAAUUAAUGCAGUAAAUGUAGCAUAUUAUUUUUGCCGACAAACCUUGAACACAUUGAUCUGCAUUUUAUUGAUUUCACCCAUGUCUGUGUGUUUCUCACAAUUUGCCCAUUUUCUAGAGUGGUUCCCUAUUGAUUCAUUUGUUCAGUUAUUUGUAAAAAAAAAUAGGAUUUAUAUGUAGCUGUUUGGGAUUCUGUUUUCCUGUAUGUACAUUGACUCUGGUACUCAGCAAAGAUUUCUGAAAGAACUGGUUACACAAAACUAAUUGUGCAUUGUGGUCAAUGCAAUACAUCAUAUAGAUAAGUUCUAUGAUCAAUAGCUAGGGUUUGUGUUAAAGACUUCUUGGUAUGGCAUUGAGGUUAGGAUUUGAGGGUGAGAAGCUUUACAAGGGGUCAUUGGAAUAUGCCAGGUUCAUGAAAAUGGCAAACACAAAUAUAAUGCCAUGCUUUUCACGUACAGAUAUCACCACUUUAUGUCAUCGUUUUGUAGCCUACUAUAUUCUAAAUAUUUAGGUAAACUAUUUAUUCAUUUUGUAGCUUAUAUAUUAUUAAAAGAGUAAUAUAUCUUUGUAGAGUGAUUUUUUUUAAUAUUCAUUUUGGGUGCUAAAUGAUUUUAUUUGGCAAUAUCUGAAUAUAUCAGGCUUUAUUGAAGAAUAAACACAGGUAUUGUAAAGAGACAAUAGCUGUGAAAUAUAAAGCAAAUUAUGAAUGUUGUCUUGUAACUUCUACUUCUACCGAAAAUAUGUCUAAUUGGGAAAGAACGUUUACAUGAAAGUGGCGCACACAAAAAUGAUGGUAAUGGUUUCUAUCCAAGAGUAGUAUUGAAAUUUAUAGUAUGUUUGCAUUAGUGUAUACAUAUAUAUUUUAAUAUUUGGAUAGCCAUCACUUCCAAAAUCUACAUGUUCAAUUUGACAUUAAUUUACCACUUAUUUGGAACAUGUACAAAGAGGUAAAUGAGUUUGCGAUGUUUGGUGCAAUUUCGAUACAUGAUCAUGAAGAUUUUUAAUGCCGAUGUGUGCGUAAAUGAGGGUGAUAUUAAGAAAGGGGCCAAUGAUGUGUGAUUAAAAAAAUGGAAACAAAAAUAAUAUAACAGUGUUCUUUCAUUUUGAGUUCAAAAAAAAGUUUUUGUGCUAUGUGAUGGUUAGAAUUUCUAUAAUUUUGAUUAGGUAUGAAAAUUGAAUGGACUCGAUACAUUUAUUUACAUUCCAUUAAUUUCUUGUGAGGAUGAUUAUUAAAUAUUACUAAAGGAGGAUGGGAAGGAAACAUACUGUGUUUUAUGUUGCAUUUAAUAAUUUUUUUGUGUCAAAAAGCAUUUCAAAGAACAUGAGAUGUUUGCAUAUACAUGCAUGCAUACAUGUAUAUGUUUUCAAAGUCUAGUCUGCAUUUCAAACUGCAAAGAAAUUCCCAAUAAAUGUUUGUAGAACAGAUACAUUCGUGUACUAUAGGAUCAUACGAAGAAUAUGAUUACAGUGUAGCCUUGGCAACGUGUGUAGAAGGUGAAUAUUCCAUUUUGGUUAUGUACCAUCUGCCAGUACGGGAGGAAAAAGAGUAAUAAAUAACGACUGAAAUAUCGUGGAUCAUUAAUUUUCAGUUUUACUUGUUUUUCGACAUACCAAGUCAUAUAUUUCAUAUGACUUCAAAUUUGCACUGCUCUCAUUAGUCUAUAUAAAAUUAUUGAUCAUAUUGAUGUGCCGCGUACAUGUAUUUGUUAAAAUGGUAACUUCUGUCACAAGUACUCUGUACUGUACAGAUAAUUAAAAGUCUUAUUUUGAAAUUGAUAGACAAAUCACUGUGGGUUAUCAGUUUGAGCAACUCAAAUUUUUAUUAAUCAUUUUCUAUAUAUAUAUAUGUGUGUUAUACAGACUUGGUCAUUGAAGGAUUUCUUUUUAAACAGAUAACAUUAUAAAUGUAGUUUUUUUGUAUAAAAUAUGAAUAAUUAAGAAUCUUUAGACCUGUAUGAUAUAAAAUACCAUCACAUUGGAGGUAUGAUGAUUAUACAUGUAGAUGACAUUUCCGAGCAAUCUCGUAAAAAGGAUGGUGACCAGAAUUUGUUUUGACUAUGUAAAUAAAUCAUAUUUUCCUUCCACCAUGCUACUCUGCAAAUUUAACUUAACAAAUGGUGGUAGAUUGCGCUGAGAAAUAGAGUACAUGUACGUUGUUUUUCUUAUGGUGGGUGUUUGUGUGUUUGUGAACUAUUAAGUGUACAGUUAUGACGAUAUGCCAAAAGAUAUGUUUAUUUUUUUGAAGAGUGAAUGAGAUUAUUGUGGUGGAUUUGUGUGUACUAAGCCUUGACAAUAUGCACUAGUAGAACAGGUUUGGGAGAAGAUGUUCUAUGACAAAAUUUUGAAAACCAAAUAAAUUUCUGAUUUAUGAGUAGCGCCAUUAGUUUUUAGCUUCAGUUUACAAAGUAAAAAAUAACGAGUUAAUAUAUCUACAGAUAUUCAAGAGAAUUGGUAUGUCUCUGCAUAAGGUCUCAAAGCAUUAGGCCAUUCAUGAAAAGGUAUCAAUUGUAGCCUUAUUUGACCAGUUUUUUUUCUUCAAAUUGGCAGUAUUUUUUUCAACAACAUUUAUUUCCCGAAUAAAAUUCAGUCUGUCUCGUAAAAUAUUCAUGGAAUCAAUAUGGACCAGUUUGCUAAGAAUGUAUUUGUUACAAUCCGGGAGAUCUGGAGUCUGCAGGUAAAAAAAAUGUUGCCAAUUUGUAAUGAACAUGUGACAGAAUUAUAUUGGUUUAAGGUUAAAUGUAUACAAUAUAUUGUUGAAUACCAAACCAUGCCAAUGCAAACAUGGUCAGAAAUCCUAUUAUAAAAGCAUUCAAUGUUUAUAGAAUACUGUUUGAAAUGGUAAAGCGAUGCUAAUGAAUAUGAAUAUUGAAAUGGAAAUCUUUCCACCUUAAUUAAUAUAAAAAAUCCUUUAUCAUAUUUCUGCUUUAUGAUUUCAGAAUCUAUUUAGGUCUCUUUGCAAAUUGGUAGUGUUAAUAUAUAAAUGAUGACCUUUAUUUUCUUUUCCGAUGUGAUUAUGUGUGGAAACAUAAUAUAAAAUGAUAUUCAAAUAUUUGUGAAAUUUAGCAAAUGCAACCCUCUAUGUAAUGAUAUCUCCUACCAUCACGCUGCCAUGUGAUCAGAUUUAGAGAUGUUUUUUUCUUCAGUUAAUUAUAUUUUUGCAGCUGCAUACUUUUGUUUAUAUUUAUAUAUCAUCAUAACAGAUCAACUUAACUUCAGACCUUUUUAGCAUUUUAGUCCAUGUCAAUUAGAUAAGAAUGAUUUAAUCCAGUAAUGCAUAAAAGUUCAAAUGGAUUGAACAACGGCCAUUAUGUUCUUAGUCAGCAAGUGUUAGUUAUUCAAUCCCAAACUUUCUGACUCAAAUUUUUUCUAUGUACAAAUUUACUGGAUGACUUAAGAGAUACCAUGGUAACAGACGAGACUGAAGGUAGCGGAAGAUUGUACUAUUAGUAUUCAUGAAAUAUCGAUCAUGAAUUGGAAUAAACGCAACGUAGAUCAGAAAACAGUACAUUAAAUGAGUAACUUUUGUAUAUCUCCCCUUUGCUACUGCUAUGAAGAAUAUUUGGGUAUUAUUCUAAAAUGAAUAUCUGACUGUAUUAUUUGGAUAAUGUUAAUAAAUGAGUAUUAUGAGACUGAAUGUCAUUAUUAUGUAAUAUAUUAUUGGUAGUGGUCCCAUUUCUCUCACAUGCAUAUUUUUUAACCAUUGACGACGUUUGUUUGAUGAUUAUACUGUAGAGAUAGCGAAAUGAAGGUGAAAACUAUCUAUUCUGCCAUACUUUGGCAAAAGGAAGCAUGUUACAUGAGCAUAAUUUUGUUGUAAAUGAGCAAUGUGUGUUCGCCAUUUACAUAGGCAUCGAUGCAAUUUAACAGCACAUUUUCUUCAAUGUCUUUUAUAGAAUGAUCAUUUCUUCCCCAAAUUUUGCCUGAACGUGCAACGUACAAAGUGUGUUUCAGACACAACAAUAACUCAAAUUUGACUGAUGUGUCACUUGCUUCCUUUUGCCAAAAUUGGGCAGUAAUACCAAUAAGACAAAUAAAAUUGAGGCAUGUCAUACUGUACUGUGCCAUGUCGUAAAUCUAUGA